AUGGUGUUAGUUGUAAUCGUUGCGUUGUGGAUCUAUGUGAAAAGGAAGGCUGAAGUUAAACCAUCAAGUGAAAGAUACAAUGAAUCUUACUCUGAAGAAUCAAGCUAUCGUAGACUAUCACUUAAAGAAAUUUACUCUGCAACUGACAGUCUCAGCAUGUCCAACUUCAUAGGUCAAGGCAUAGCUGGAAAAGUAUACAAAGGCAUUUUAGCAGAUAGACAACAUGUGGCUAUUAAGCACAUAAUUAAGGAUGAACAGAUGGAAACAUUUGUUAGAGAAGUUACAAGUCUCUCUCAUAUCAAACAUCCGAACCUCGUAUCCCUGCUAGGCCACUAUGAUGCACCAAUUGAAUGUUUUCUAGUUUAUGAGCUAUGCCACAAUGGAAAUCUUUCCGAAUGGCUAUUUGGUAAAAGUAAAUAUCUCUCGUGGAGACGAAGACUAGAAAUUGCACUUGAUUGUGCUCGUGGUCUCCUCUUUCUCCAUUCGUAUCCUCAAGGAUCAAUUGUUCACCGGGAUAUCAAGCCAGCAAACAUUCUUCUAUCUGCUAGCUUUGAAGCCAAACUCUCAGACUUUGGUUUGUCCAAAAUUAUUAGCAUUGGACAUUCAUAUGCUAGCUCAGAAGUGAGAGGAACCUAUGGUUAUGUUGAUCCUGAGUACCAAAAGAACCGUCAUGUUAAUUCUUAUGGUGAUGUCUAUAGCUUUGGGAUAGUACUGCUACAACUUUUAUCUGGACAAAGGGUUAUCAACUUGGAUUUGAAGAAUCCAAUGCCUCUAAGUAAAAUGGCGAAAAACUUGACCAAAGGUGGGAAUAUCAAAGAAUUUGCUGAUCUCAAACUGGAGGGGAAAUUCUCAAUGGAGGCAUUUGAACUUGUUCUUAAGCUAGCUUUGACUAGCAUAGGACUUAAGCAGCAAAGACCAUCCAUGGAACAGGUGGUUGUUAAACUCGAAGAGGCUCUCGAUUUAUCAACAAGAGUUGAGUCAGUCCAUCCUUAGUGCACAUUCUCAUGUACAAUUAACUUUCAUUUCAUCCUACCCAAGAACUCAAAGGUGAAUCUAGAAUUUAUAGUCAAUGGUUCCCAUUGAACUCGCUGAAGAUCCGCCUCUGCCCAAGAUUGUACUUAAGUUUCCUCUUAUACACAUUUUGAUCUCAAUUUAGGUGCCUACCAGAAGAUGA